UAGGUUUCGCCGUUUCCUAAUCUCUUCAAGAUAAUGCGGAAAACAAUCUUAAGUUAUUAUUUCUAGUCCAGAUAACUGUCGCAGUUACAUUAUCAAGAUGAAGUUCCAAAUUACCUCAUUAGCCCUGUUGGCUUUACUGCAUCAGGUUAUUGGAAAGGAUGGUCUGUGCGAUGUUGAGUCUGGACAGCCAAAUAUCAUCAUGGAUAUUGAGGAAAGCAAGGAGACAGACAUAUCUCAGGAAACGAUACCUUCAGAACUGCCAAUCAAAGGAGACCCAUACACCGAAAUCAAACUGGAUCUCGUCUUUCCUAAAGGAAAUCCUAUCUUCGUCUUGAGUGAGAAGAAACUCCAGCUCCUGGAGCCUCUGGAUAGGGACAUGGAUAACUUGUCGCACAUUGUCUUCCAGGUGACCUGUACGGUGAGGGAUACGAAUAAGAAGCGGACGAUACCCGUCAUCGUCAGGGUUUCCGACGCCAAUGACAACUCCCCUGUCUUCCAGAACACCCCCUACGAAGUAUCCGUUUCAGAGCUGAGCCCAGUGGGCACGACCAUCUUCACGGGGCUGAAGGCCGUGGACCCAGACGCAGGAGCCAACGGUUUGGUGGAGUACAGGGUGGUGCAGGGGUCGGCGGGGGGCGCCCAGGAGCGGCUAACAGUGGCCGAUGGCUCCAAGCACUUCGCCAUCAACCUCCCGCACCAGGGCCAGGUCACCGUAGCGAGGCCCCUCGACUACGAGAAGACUCAGCGAUACCUCAUCACUAUCGUAGCAAGCGACCGAGCUCGGAACCAGACCUCGAGAAUGUCGGCGACGACUACCCUCACGGUGGACAUUAAGGACGACGAUGACCAGAACCCGUCCUUCAUCUACCAGGGCUGCACCCUCCACGACGGAUCCUGCGUCACCCCGGAGUACUACAGCACGGUAUCGAGCGGAGUGCUGGCCGGAGUGCUGACCAUCAGCCCCGAGAAGAUCCAGGCGGUGGACAUGGACACCCUGGCCACCCCCAUCGUCUACUCCUUCCUCUCCGGCAGCCCGGCCUCCUUCCGGGAGUACUUCGAGAUCAACCCCAGCACUGGCACGGUCCGCCAGGUCAGGCCCGCGGAUUCCAGCUUCACCAAGAAGUUUGAGAUUAUUGUCAAGGUGAGUUUUUCUUCUGAGGCUAUCAAACGUCUGUUUUUACCUUAUCUUUACUUUGAAUUGGUUCAUGAACAAUGUAACAAUUUUAGAGCCAUUGCUUCCUAA